AUGCCUUCAUCAAAUUACCGCGUUGUUGAGCCGCACCCUUCAGUGCCCCAUGCCGGCCGUCCAGCUGUCUACACUGGCCGAGGAGGAUGCGGGAAUGUCGUCAACCUCAAGAACACCAAGACCACCGACUCGCGCAGCGCAACCGGUCCAGCUUCUCUAGCUCGUCUCGACUCCCGCAUCCCAACAACCUUCAUCUCCGGCCGCGGUGGUGCCGGCAACGUCCACAGCAGCACCGAACGUGCCAUCUUCAGCUUCGACGAAGAACUCGAACGUGAUCUGCGCCAGGCUGCCCCCGUCUACCACGUCGGACGUGGCGGUGCCGGAAACACCAUGUACCGUGACGACUGCAGCAACUCCAGCUUGAGUCGCAAGUACUCUGCUGCCAGCACGGCUACCAAUUCCAGCACUGGAUCCGUGGCUGAUCGUGCCCGUGACAUGGCCCGCCGUGGUCUUGAGAAAGGUUGGGGCAAGCUGAAGGGCACUGCCUAG